AGCAGGACUAUAAAGACCAUGUCCGUAAUGAAGGGGACAGAAUAGAGACACUGCAAGAAGAAAGAAGACACAGUCUUUGUCUUGCAGCUGCUUUUUCACCGCUUCUCUGCAAAGAGGACUUUUUUUGGACUCCGGCAAACGCAUCCAAAGCUAGCAACAUGAACGUGGCAGUGGCACAAGGAGGAAACAAGGCGGCUCCUCCAAAGUUCAAACAGAAGGAAACCAGACAGUUCAAGAGCAAAGCGCCCAAAGCAGGACAAAAGGGAUUUGGCAAUGAUGUUCCAGGGAUGGAGGGUCUUGGAGACGCUGCAGUGGUGUGUCCUUGGGAGGCGUUUGGUGACAUGGAGCUCAGCGACCUGGCUCAGUUUGGCAUCAUAUAAAUGUUUUUUUUUUUGUUGUUUUUGUGUGGAUGCAUUUUAGUACAAGAGUAGAUCAGGGUGAUAUGGAAACGUAUAUGGAUACUUAUAUAUAUGGAUAUGGAAACUUUCUAACUGCCAAUUUAAACUAGUUUUUCUGUCCUUGUGCUAUUAUCGAUUGAGCUACCUCUUCAUCUACUUAUCUACUUAUUCUACCUUUCUACAUUUUUUUAUGAAUAUGCCAUCUUUUCAAACAUCCAUUGCAUAUUUGUCCAAAGUGCAUUUUCUAUGAAUGUAAAUGAGGGAAAGGAAAUGACAAGGAAUAUGCAUACACAUAAUGCACACAUUUAAAUUAAAUUAAAUUAAAUUAAAUUAAAUUAAAUUAAAUUAAAUUAAAUUAAAUUAAAUUAAAUUAAAUUAAAUUAAAUUAAAUUAAAUUAAAUUAAAUUAAAUUAAAUUAAAUUAAAUUAAAUUAAAUUAAAAGCAGAUUUAAUCAUUUUUGAUGACUAGGUGUCUGUGGCCCACCCUAUAUGGAUCCGUGGCCCGUUUUGGGGUCCCAACCCACCAGUUGAGAUUCACUGUACUACAGAACUGCUGCACUGGCAUCAAAUAGUGAACAUGAACCAGUGGAAAUGUAUAUUAGUGAUACAGUAAAUAAAGAUUGA